CACUACUCCUCCUGAUAGGUGUAAACAGCAAGGAGAUGCAGAGGGGAAACCAGACUUCUGUGUCUCACUUCAUCUUGGUGGGCCUGCAUCACCCACCGAAGCUGGGGGUGCCACUCUUCCUAGCAUUCCUUGUCAUCUAUGUCCUCACCGUCUCCGGCAAUGGGAUCAUCAUCCUCACGGUGCUGGUGGAUGCCCGGCUCCACCGUCCCAUGUACUGGUUCCUGUGUCACCUCUCCUUCUUGGACAUGACCAUUUCCUGUGCCAUUGUUCCCAAGAUGCUAGCUGGGUUUCUCUUGGAUAGUAGGAUUAUUUCCUUCGGAGGUUGUGUAAUCCAACUUUUUUCUUUCCACUUCCUGGGGUGCACUGAAUGCUUCCUUUACACACUCAUGGCUUAUGACCGUUUCCUGGCCAUUUGUAAGCCCUUACACUAUUCCACCAUCAUGACCCGGAGUGUCUGUAACUACCUGGCCCUUGGCACCUGGAUGGGUGGUGCCAUCCACUCUCUUUUCCAAACAAGCUUUAUAUUCCGGUUGCCUUUCUGUGGCCCAAAUCGGGUAGACUACUUUUUCUGUGACAUUCCUGCCAUGCUGCGUCUGGUCUGUGCUGACACCACCAUCAAUGAGCUGGUCACCUUUAUAGACAUUGGCUUCCUGGCGCUCACAUGCUUUGGGCUCAUCCUCACUUCCUACGGCUACAUAGUGGCCGCUAUCCUGCAAAUCCGGUCAGCCGAUGGGCGCCGCAAUGCCUUCUCCACCUGUGCUGCCCACCUCACCGUUGUUGUCGUAUACUAUGUGCCUUGCACCUUCAUUUACCUCCGUCCUGGGUCGCAGGAACCCCUGGACGGGGUGGUGGCUGUCUUCUACACCGUCAUCACGCCCCUGCUCAACCCCAUCAUUUACACGCUCCGCAACAAGGAAAUGAAGGCAGCACUGUGGAGGCUGGGAGGACGCAAGGACACACAGCCUCAGUAA